AUGACUGAAACAACGGAAACUCUAAAUAUUAAGGUAUUCAAGAAACUCACAAAUAAAAACUUCUCAGAAGGCCUUGAAAGAGCUCCUUCUCUUCUUAGAUCUAGGCAAGCAAGCUUAUUUUACAAAACGUUAUUAGCUCAUUUUACAAAUCCAGAAUUAACAACCGAAAUUGGUGAUUCUAUCCUUAAAACACUAUCUCAGUGUCUAAAAAACGAGGACAAUUUACGAUGUUUUAUUGAUGGAAGUUUUGCAAAUAUGUUACCAAACGAUCAAGAGCGAUUUUUCAAUUCAGUUUUUGAAGUUUUUUAUGUUAUUGUCACUACAGGUUCUAUUCUGAUUGAUGAAACAAUUGCAAAUGUUUUGCAUCCGUUAAUUAAAUUUAAUCCGAAAAAAUCAUUAACAAUCAUCGCUUUAUACUGCCAAAACUUUGGAGAAAUUGAUAAUCCAUGGCCUAUGAUAGAUUUACUCAUACAAGAAGGUUCUCAUUUUAAUAUUCCAAAUGUUGCUCAAGAUUAUAUCUCGUUAUUAGCAUUUUUGAACAAAAAAUAUAUUGAAUAUAGAAAGGGUCGUUCACAACAUUGCUGGAAUCAGAUUAUAUCCAUGCUUAGUACAGAUGAUACAAAAAUUCUUGCAGCUUGUUACGGUGGACUUUGCACAAUCUCAGAAUUUUAUCCAGGAGGAGCCAUACAAAUAGAUUCUGUUUCUCAACAUCUCAAAAAUACAGAACUACAAAAUUCAGUUUUAGCAAUGCUAAAUGUCGCCACAUUAAACGAAAAUGAUGCAUCCAGCAAGAAGCUUAUAUCUACCCUUAUGUCAAUUGCAGAGACUAAUGUCAAAGCUACUCUAAUUUUGAUGAAAUUAGGCUGUAUUUUUUCAGCUGCCCAAACAAUCUUUUCUAUGACUGGUUGGAUCAACAAGAAACUUCCAACUACUACAGAUACUCUUCGCCUUUUCUUGGUUCUCCUUAGGCAUAAAGAUCUACGUGAAGAAAUUGCAGAAAGUCCUGAUUUUGUUGAAUUUUUGAAACAAAUCAUUACGAUGGACCGUCCAGGAGUUGUUCCAAUAGCAUGCACAAUUAUCAGGCGUGUCCCUCUCUCUAAGGAUCUUGCUACAAACCUCAGCAAGAGUGGAUUUUUGAAACAGUUUUAUGAUGCUCCCGAAGAUGGCGAUGACGGACUAACAAAGCAUUCCAAGCUAUUGCUAACAGAUACAAUAUGUAGAGUGUGCUACGUCCGUGAAUAUUUAUCAAUGUGUGACAAAAUUGCUGAAAUUAUAAUAGAAAAUGGCGAGUUUACUGAUUCGGCGGCACUAGUAGCUGUAAGACUCUGCAAAUAUAGAAAAUGCAAGGAUAGAUUCAAAGAAUUAAAGUUGGACGCAUUUUUCAAAAAAGAUUCGUUGAAACCGAAGCUUCAAAACGUUGGCAAAAAGUUUUUGAAAGCGAUUUCAGAUGAGGAAUCAAAAUAA